CAAGGCUAGCAUACUGUGAAACGUUGGUGAUCUUCAGUUUGAGGGCAUGCAGCCACUAGCUGAGGGCUGCAAGAAUGUGCCCUCGCUUAUCAUGACCAGAUCGUGUGCAACUGGCCACUAGUUGUUAACAGAAUGGACAGUCCUUUCCAACACGUCGUUGAAAACGAGGCACACAAUGCUGCGAAUGGUCACGAGGCUCAAGGUUCACGCAGCCACGAUCGUGUCCACUCUUAUGGAGCACCAACGGAAGUCACCAUCGAGGCCCUGCAUGAGGGAUCCUUUGCAAUGAGAGAGGACGAGCCGCAGCUUACGUUCAGGGCAGUGGGGACAGGAUUGGUAGUGGGCAGCCUGCUCUGCUGCAGCAACACCUACUUUGGCCUGCAGACCGGCUGGGUCACCAUGGGCAGUCUUCAGUCGGCUGUCCUGGGCUUUGGGAUCUUCCGGGUGCUGGAGAGGUACGGUAUCACCUCUGGCCUGAGCGUGGCUGAGAAUGUCAUCCUCCAGACGACCUCAGUCGCCACUGCCACCAUGCCCCUCGCAGCAGGGUUGGUGGGAAUUAUACCAGCGCUCGGUAUGAUGACCCCGCGGCAGAACCCGCCAUUGGGACCGAUCGUGCUGUCGCCUGGGCAGCUGCUGCUGUGGUCCCUGGGACUCGCCUUCUUUGGAGUAUUUAUCGCUGUCCCCCUGCGCACACAAACCAUCAUCAAGGAGAAGCUCAGGUUUCCAUCAGGAACAGCGACUGCGAAGGUGAUCCGGAUGCUGCAUGGCGGACCAACUUUGGCAGACGAUCUGGAUGGCCCUGUCGACAGCAGACGGGAGCUGCCUCCAGUGCUGGAGGAGGACGGGGAGGAUCUAGGGAGUGGAAAGGAGCGGGCUGGAGAUGAGGAGCAGGCUCGGGAGGUGCACCACAACAGCCAGAGGAGCCUGAGAAGCAGGGCCAGCAUUGACGUGGAGGAGCGGCAGCCGCUGAUUCGGCGAUCGUCGGCGCCGGCGCUGUGCCUGUCUGGCGCGGCGAGCCUGGCCCGUGCUGACUCAACCUUCGGCGUGCAGGCGCUGCAGCAACUGGAAUCACAGGGCGUGGAGGAUGAGGGGGAGUGGGCGCGCGCAUGGGCGGCGCUGCUGUGGACCUUCGUGGCAGCUGCCGCGUACACGCUGGCUGCCUCGCAGCUGCCCUGGCUGCGCAGCUUCCCGAUACUUUCCUGGGUGGGGCUCCCGGCCGCCACCGCCUGGGGCUGGGAGGUCGCGCCUGCCAUGGGCUACAUGGGACAGGGGAUGAUCAUGGGGCCCAAAACGGCACUGUCCAUGUUUGGCGGAGCAGUGCUAGGGUAUGGGAUCCUGGGACCCUACGCGCGCGCUCAGGGGUGGGCGCCGGGGGAGAUAAUGGAUUGGAAGAACGGCGCAACUGGGUGGAUUCUGUGGGUCUCCCUGGCCAUCAUGCUUGGGGACAGCCUCACCAGCCUCUCACUCUUAGUCAUCACAUCCACCAAAUGCACCAAGGGAUCGAGCGAGGAGGCUGAGAGGGAACGCGACGGAUGCCAGCCCAUCCCGACUUCCUGGUGGGUUGGCGGACUGGCGGCAUCCACGGUGCUGUGCACAGCGGUGAUGGUGCCGCUGCUGGGUCUGCGCCUGUACGAGCCGGCGGCGGCGGUGGCGGUAGCACUAUUAGUCGCCGUACUCGCGGUGCGCGCGCUCGGCCAGACCGACCUCAACCCGGUCUCGGGCGUUGGCAAACUCUCCCAAGUGGUCUUCGCCCUCAUCGCGCCUAAGCAGGUGGUGCCAAAUCUGGUGGCGGGCGCUAUUGCAGAAGCUGGCGCCAACCAGGCGGGAGACAUGAUGCAGGCAUGCCCUCUACCCUUGCUGUCACCAAAUGCUUGCAGCACUUCACUCUGGCACAGUGUAAGGGUGGCAUUCUUUGCCGACUUCAAGACAGCGCACUUGUUGGGAGUCUGCCCGCGCGCGCAGUUUGCAGCGAUGCUACUGGGGUCCGCGGUCUCAGCUGGCGUCUCCGUCGCCGCUUACUCACUGUACACCUCAGCGUGGCAGGUGCCAGGGCCGGAUUUUCCCGCGCCCACCGCCGAGAUCUGGCUCGACAUGGCUGAUCUGGUGAAUGGCGGGCAGCUGCCGCCACAUGUGGUGCCAUUCUGCGUGGUAGCUGCCGCGGUGGCAGCGUGCCUCCCGCUCACUGCUUUCUUCCUGCAGCGGGCGCGGUUACGGCUGCAGCUGGAGGGAACACGGCCGCAGAAUGUGGCGCAGGAUCAGUGGCGGCGGCGCCUGCUGGCAGCUGCAGAGGUGGCUCUACCCUCGGGAGUGGGCGUUGCAGUGGGGCUCUAUGCAUGGCGGUGCACGGACGGCCGGAGCCACAAGCGGAUGAUGGUGAUCGUGGCGAGCGGGCUGGUGCUAGGGGAGGGAACAGCCUCCAUCGUUACCGCCUCCCUGCGCGCAGCCUUCGGAUGA